AUGGCAUCAGCUUCACCCGAGGCCUCGCCGAGCCGGACGCGGCGCCUGGAAGACUCCACGCUGCCGGGCAUAUGUGAGCAAAGAGCUGAGGAACCUCGAAUCAGAGCUGAUUCUUGGAGUGAGACCCAGUCUUCUGAUGUGGCACUGGAGCUGGAGCUGGAGGACAUCGCUCGGCUGCGUGAACGUCUAGGCGAGACCCUCUCAACUCAGGAGGUGUUGGCUCAGCAGGUCCGGCCCCUUCGCAAGGAUGCCAUGGCUGUGCAGCAAGGCCGUCCAGAAGGGUCUCAGCCGACAACAAAGAAUCCAGAGUCCCGACGAGUGGGCGGCAAGCCACUGCCUCCACUGGCAGUGCUGCCAAAGGCUUUCGGCCUUCAGGCCAGAAGGGCAAUAGACCGUGUGGGACGAGGAGGAAUCUGA